GUUUUGUGUGCCUGGGAGAGAGGGGGGGAUUUUUAGCGUGCAUAUUGGGUACACGGGCUGUGGCUGACGACUGUGACGCUCCUGAGCUCUUUCCCUCCCUCCUUCUUUCUUCACCUCGAUUCCCUCGAUUUCCCUGUUUCUUGCUUUUGAUAUUAGGCCAUGCCUGCCCGUGCCAAGUCGAGUGAAGGUGCUGCGUCGGCUGAGCCUCCGAGAAGGUCCAGCAGGAUUGCUGCGCAACCACAACCGGAUCCCCCAGCGCCCAAACCCCAGAGGAAGGCGUCUUCCUCGAAGAAACGUGCUGCGGAGGAGCCGGCUGCUGAAGAAAAGAGCGCAGAAUCGUCCUCGAAAAAGGCGAAAUCAGACUCUGACGAGGCUGGUAAUGGUGACGAGGCAGCUAGUCUCCAGCCGAUAGAUAUCGGUGAUAGCCUCCCUUCUCUAGUUCUCAAGAAUGAGAAGGGAGAGGACAUCCAGAUCGCUGAUCUGGCCAAGGAGAAGGGUGUCGUCCUUUUCCUCGUUCCCAGGGCCGAUACGCCCGGCUGCACAACCCAGGCCUGUGGCUUCAGGGACAUCUACCCCGAUUUCUCGUCCGUCAACUUCGACGUGUACUGUUUAAGCGCGGAUUCUCCCACUGCGCAGACGAAGUGGCAGACAAAGAAAGAGCUCCCGUAUUCCCUCAUUUCUGAUCCCAAGCGCAGCUUGAUCGCAGCCUUGGGAGCUAGCGAGGGUGGAAAGACGAAGCGCAGCCACUUCAUCUUUGAAAAAGGUGGUAAAUUGGUGGAGAAAAGGAAUCCUGUCAAGCCUGGGGAAAGUCCUCAGUUGGCCCUCGAAUUCAUCAAGGGUCUCGAGAGCAAGGCAGAGUGAUCGGCGUGACGAUCUAAUUGCUUUUGCGAAGUGGAAAUCUCAUAUCUUGUCUUGUCAUUUGUUUAUCUACAGUCGCACCCGCUAUAACGCAUACCCCUCGGUGGACGGCCUAAACUAUGCCUUUUCACAGGUUAUUCCUUACGACAGGUAUACCGUAAAUAGUAAUUAUACAAGACUUCAGAAAGG